GCUUCGAGUGGGAUGCAAGGCGCUCGCUUCGCCACGCGAUCGCACUUCGAAGCAUCGCGUUUCCAGCAAGGGUAAUGGCGCGGAAGCCCAAGGUGCGACGCAAGUUCCAUCUCGACCGGCUACGCGAGCAGGUCUAUGCGCUCGAGGCCGAGCUCCGGCGCAUCAAGCGCGCGCACAUCAUGAUCCUCUCGUGGGAAGACGUGGCUGGCGCGAUGGCGGACGACACGCUCGCGCAGGUGCGCACGAACCGCAGCCUCAAGAAAGAGUGCGCGUACCAUGCACGCCUCGCUCGCUUUCUGCGUGAGUGGAUGCUCACGAUGGUCCCGCCAAAGUCGCUCUCGUCGCAAAGCUCGUGGCGCGAUGCCUGCCUCAUUGAAGGCGACGCGUCCUCUCGCCAAGUGGCCUACGAAUGGGUCCUCCAGCAGCUUCAUGGCAGCACGGACAGCGCCAUGGCGCGCGUCUGCGAGCGCUUGACCAAUGUCGACAGCGCGUUUGACGUCGCGAUUGACGUCAACCUCGACGACGGGCCGCUGAGUAUCCAAGUCGUGACGCAGAGCCUCUUGCCGUGCUCGUUGGCGCAGGCGACACUGGCGUUCUGGCACGCCGACUUGACGUUUGUGGCACAUGCGCUGCAGCGAGACUUUAAGCAGCUGGACGAAGCACACGCGCGCAGCAUCGUCUACCUCCAUGACAGCAUUGGCCCCGAAGACGACACGAUCGGCGACAAUAUGCUGUACGGGCGCUUUGACGAGCCGAGUCGGUCCGUCAUUGUCAUGCGCUCCAUCAUAUCGGACGCCGCGUACCCGACCAAGGGCUACGUGUGGAGCGUCGACACCAAGCAAUGGAUGGUGGCCGAGGCCGUGGACGCGUCGACGACGCGCUGCCGCGUCUCAUUUCAAAUGGGCCAUCCGCGGACACCGUCCGGCGACCAAGUACCGCUGUCCGACGUCGGGCGUCUCUUUGGCUGCGACGGCAACGAAGACGACGCUCGGUUCCGGCACAAGCUACGCGAGUGCUUUCGCCGUCGGCAUUUCGACCAGCGACUGCAGUUUGCAGCCUACCUCGACCACGUUCUACACAGUCUGCCGCCGCCGUCCGUCGUACCAUCGAUUGAGUAGUGUACGUGUCCGUGUUGACAUGUGCAUGUGUGCUUUGAUCAACAGCGAUUGUGAUAUACGAGUG